ACGGAGGAGAUGUCCCGGGCGCGAGAGGCUGCGCUGGAGGAGCGACGCAGCAAAGUCGAGGAGCGCAGGACCUUGAACAGCAGCGUCUUCUUGCCAUCUAAGGAGUCGGUGUACAACACUCUCCGCUGGGUCACCGAUUACGACUUCGUGUGGUGCCCCGUCUUCAAGGCAGCGUCUACAACGUGGGUCAAAAACCUGCUGCUUUUGGCCAAAGAGCGGUUCGUGGACAUGAGUCUCCACGGAAGAGUCAGAGAGCUGUACCCGGCGCCGGAGACCGAAUCAGAGAAGAAGAAGGUUCUGGAAGAAAACAUGAAGCUAAUGAUUGUAAGGCAUCCGCUGGAACGUCUUCUCUCAGCUUACAGGGACAAGAUGCUAAGGAUAAGACGAGCCAAAGACCCUUUCCGUCUGAUGCAGCUGGACAUCGCCAAGCGCUACCCGGAUCCCAAUCCUCAGCCUCCGGCGCCCCUGACGUCCUCCUCGGGAAAAAAGGAAAUUCAUCCAACCUUCACGCAGUUUCUGCUGAGGGUGCAGGACGACCUUCGAAGACUUUGGAGGAAAAAGGGCAAAUCGCAGGUCAACCUCCACUGGCGACCGUUCUGGCUCGUGUGUUCCCCGUGCGAGUUUCAUUAUGACGUGAUCGCUCACGUCGAGACCAUGGAUGAGGAUAACGAAUACAUCAUUCACAAACUCGGCCUCCAAAGCAUCUUAGUGAAUGCUCGCACUCAUGCCUCGAACUUCGACGCCUACAACGAUACGAGCGAGGCGUCGAAAGACUACUUCCGGCAGGUGCCUUACUCUCUCCUGAAGGACAUCGUGCGCCUCUACCAGCCAGACUUCACCCUCUUCGGUUACUCCCCCGACGCCUACCUCAAGCUGGCCUGGCGAGACGAUCGCUGAUUGAGAGAAAAAAAGCAUUUUAUCGUCAUUGCAUAGUUUAAUAUCAUUCUGUGAUGUUUUUUUCUCUCGCCAAUUGUUAAUCAUUAUUUUUGCUCACUGUUUCAUGUAGCAUAGAAUCACCCUUAGAUUUCAAUGAGUUGUAAGUUAAUUUAUAGUUCAUAUUUUACUUUUUAUACAAUUUUGGUCUUGGAGAUGUGAGAACAGUUGCAUUAUGCCGAUGAUUGGUGACACUACAUAUCUACUUACUAGCCAGGUCGGUUGUGGACCAGGCGUUCACAGUGUAGUAUUCAUAAACGCUCUCCCUUAAAAACGUUGCGUUCCAUGCCUUUACUUUAUCGACAGGUAACUCCUGCUCCGUGCAUAUGCGUCCCAUUUACGGCAUGUAAGUGUGUACUGUUUCCAUAAUAAGAAACUUUUCAGCUUUAACGAAAUAUAACAUAUAUAAAAUGGGCAUUUAGCUUUAAAGUUGUCAAACAAGAACAAUCUGUGUUAUUCAUUAUGGGGGAAAAUGAUCUCGCAUAUGCAGAGAACACGGCUGAACAACACCUGAAAUUCUGACCAAACCGAAUACAUGGAAGGGAAUAGGAAACGAUCUGGCAUAGCAGUAGCAUCGGGCAUUACGGACUGAAUAUCCUUCACAAGUAAAGAAAGGUACAAUGCACUAUGGUCGAAGUUUGCUUCCUCUAACAAAGUACAAAAUAUUAGCAACCUCUUUGCAUUACGUCGAACAAGAUGCAAAUGUCUACUGAUGCGGCACUUUGGCAAUGGUACUUUGUCUGAUUUUUAUAGCUGUUUGAAGGCUUUCUUUAUCUCUGAUAUCCCCAUGUGGCAGUUCAAGAAAAGUGGGGAAGACAUGUCAUACAUAUUUUUCACAGAAGAAAAAAAAAUCAGAAAACGCCCAUUUAUUGUUUGCAAUGAAUGUAUACUCAGUGGAAUCUCAUGGGCAGUUCACUCAUAUGUUAAUGUCUGUCAAUAAGAUAUUAUUCCGUAUUUGUUGGUAAUUGAUUUGGUUAACAUGGCGCUAGGUAUUGAAAUGCAGAACAUACGAUCUGUUACAUGUAUAUAUAUAUUAUAUAUAUAUAUA